AUGUUCCUGAGAGGUGAGUAUCUGGACAGGGGUGUAAUGAAUUACUCACUCUUCACUGAAGAAGGCCCUCAAGAUGAUCAUAGGCUGGACUCUGAAAAUCAGAAUGAACACAAUUACCCUGCAGGAUUUGAUGCAGAAGAUCUUGUAUUUCUACAAAGGCCAGAAAAGGAAUUAAGUGAUGGAGAUGACUCCCCUGAAAUUAGCCUACUCUCAGGUGCUGUUAUUACAACUUAUGGCACAGUAGAAGUAAAGAAAAAAUCAUCAGAGAAGCUAGAGGGAUCCAGUGUGUUGUCAGAGUCUCUAAAGGAAGUUGCAUUGUCUUCAAGAGAAAUCAGAGGAGAAGAUAGCUCCUGUGAAAUGUUGGUGCCCACCAUAGAAGACUCUACAGGAUUGUCAGAAAGUCUUCUGGGUGAAUACCCAUUUAUAGUGAAUGAAUUUGAAACUAGAGGGUGUGAUUUGGGUAGUCCCAAAUCAAUGCCAUCUUUAGAUCAUUUGCUGAUUUGUCGGGAAGAUGGUCUGUCAGAAGACAGGCAAGAACAUGAGAAAAACAAUGCGUUACCAGCUGAGCUGCUGACAGCCCUGAACACAUUGUCGCAAUCUACGGUGAAGUCCAUCUGUCAAAGAAUGGAAGGAGGCAGUAGGCCCUGUGCUGAGGAUGACUGCUUAGGAACAGAGCCCAGCAUUUCUCAGAUAGAUGAUGAUUGUACACAAAUAGCAGGAAUGGAUUUUGAAUUUCAGCAUUCUGUUCAGCCCUUUGAACAAGGUCCCAAGUUAACUGAGCCUUUGUUCAAGGAUAUAACAAUGCAGCAAGAUAAAGAAGAUCCAGGUUCAUUUGGGCAGGAAACCUUAGCACAUCAAAAUGUUGCUUGCCAUGAUGGGCUUAGUAUGGAGGGAAAUUUAAAUUCCAUGGAAACUAAUACAGUGAUGGAAACUUCAUAUAUAUUAAGGAGAUCAGCUAGACUGAAAACAAUAAGAGGAGGAGCUACCCCUAAGAAUAUAGAUGAGGCAUAUAAAAUGCCAGAAGAGAUUCUACAGAAAAGAGACAGUACACUUCCAACUGAAUAUUUCAGAACACAAGAUUCUGCUCUUCAGAAUAACAGUGAUGAAAAGUCUGUGGAAUGGAGCAAAGAACAGGUUUUAUCUGCUUAUAGCUGUGAUGAAGAGAUAAGAAAGAACAGAAGAACUGCAAAAUCCAGAAAACAUCACAGGAACAUAUCAAAACUUUCAAGUAUUAAUCGAAGAGACAUCUAUGGAGAAUCACCUCUUCAUAAAGCUGCUCAGGCAGAUGAUUCAACUCUUGUCAAGAAAUAUAUAAAACUAGGUGGAAAUGUAAACUUGGCAGAUUAUGCUGGCUGGACCGCGCUUCAUGAGGCAAGUGUGGAUGGAUUUUAUAACACAGUCCUUGAGCUGUUAAAAGGCGGAGCUGAUGUAAAUUGCAAAGGGAUGAAACAAAUCACCCCAAUAUAUGAUGCUGUGUCAAAUGGGCAUUAUAAGGUGGCAGAAUUACUUCUUCAAAAUGGAGCUGAUCCAUUAUUUAGAAAUGAUUAUGGAAAGUGUGCCUUGGAUGAAGCUAGUGACCUUCAUAUGAAACAGCUACUUGAAAACUAUGCACAUAAACCCAGAUGUCCUACAGCUGAACAAAGAAACAGAAGUGAACUGUUAGAUCUGGAAGAUACAUACCAGCACAAGAAACCAGAACACAGUCCCAGAAGCACUCAGUAUUUUAAUAAUGAGAACUCCAGAGGAAUAAAAGAUAAGAAGAUAGAGGUUUCUAAAAGAAACAAAAGGAAUUUACCAAGGAAUAAAGGAGCUGUGAAUGAAAAUCACCAUAAAAUAUCAAAGAAUAAAAAGUUAAUUCCACCUACGAAUAUGCAGACAAUUUUCGAUCAAAUAAAUGCCAAAGAACCCCCAAAGAUAAAUAUGCAGGAUGUCCAUGAGCCCAAGAACUUUGUGCCUAUGGGAGAGAAAAAAAGUAGGACAAUUACAAAAAGAACUGAGAUGAGUGGUAGAAAGAGUGAUACAAGGACGCCAAUGGCACCGUCUUCAAAAAGAAUAACUAGAUCUAUUGCUCACCGCCAGCAGGACCCUGAAACCUUUUGUGACCUUCCAGAAAAGUCUGGUACGCUGACCCAUUCAGUAACUCCAGUGCUGAAAAGUCAUCUGUGUCAUGAUAGUGAAGUUUUUUCAGUUUCCAAAGAAAGAGGUGCUUGUGAAAAUGACACAACUUCACCGACCCUAAUGAGCCAGGAAGAACCUGGCCAAAACACAGGGUCAGCAGACAAUCAGAAAGAACCUAAUAUCUUAGAAUCAGAAACUGCUGAGCCAGCAGAAGCCAUUGCUCUCUCUGGGCUUCCCUUUUGUGAAGAAGCCAAGUUGCCACUGCCGACUGAAGGAAAUGAUCACACUGCUCAUCAUGAGAAACCUGUUCCUUGUGAGGCCAGUGCCUAUAAUAACCUGAGUCAGAAAAGUGAAAGUGUGACAGCCUGGGAAAAGUGUUUCCUUUCCUUUGUAGGUAGAAAUGUCUAUAGUACAAUGACAGACAAUGAUAGUAAUGAUGAUGGUGAUGGUGGAUGCCUCUCUGAGGGGACUGUAUUGCCCAAGAAGAUGACUUGUUUUGUAAAUGAUGAAAACCAGAGUAAUUGUAAGGCAAAUUCAGAGCAUGAAGAAGAGUCAAGUUCCCAGUACUACAUACCUUCCGAAACUCAAUCUUUACUCCAGGAAAAUGCUUUUCAAGCAGGUAGCCUCAUGACAAUUUCACAACAGGACAUCAUCAACUUAUCUGAUUCAGAUUGUACCAUUAUUUCUGAAAGGUAUGUUGUAAAUGAUGGACAGAAUAUUAAAAGAAUUACUUCUGAUGUUGAACCUGAGCAGAUUCCCCUGGCUAGUACAGGGACACCGUCAAUGCCUGACUUAUCAAAGCAAAUUAGUGGAGUGGAAAUAUCCACCAGUUUUCAUAAUAACACAUCUGCACUGAGUUCUUUCAUUAGUCAGACAGAUGAGAGAAUGACGAAUGAGAGGGGAAAGGAGAGUUCAGAAAGAACUUGUACUGAGAAAACUCAAGAGAGCCAUCAAAAGAGUACUGAAUGCACAGGACAAUCUCAUGAAAAGGAAGCAACUAAAAUGAAAAUAAAGCAACCAGAACUUGCAGAGAGUGAUGUGAUUCCAAAUAAAAAUAUGCAGUCUAUUAAAAACAUGAAUGAGGAUAUAAGAGAUGCCUCACAGCUCAGGCAAGGGACAGAGAAGACAAUUCCUUCCCAAUCAGACAAGGACAUGACUGAUAAUGUAAACAAAGAGCAAAACACUGAAAGAGGCCACAAGGAGGCAGGAGAAAAAAGAAGUCCUGACACUCAUGUGCCUAGAAAUUUACAACUACAUGAAAAAAGAGUUCAGAUUAAAAGAAAAAGGCAAGAUCUUCAAGAGACUACCAAUAGCCAAGAUCUGCGUUCUUCUAUAAAUACAAAAAAGGAUUUACAGAAUCAGUCACAGCAAGAGGAUUCUCCUGAUCCUAAAGCUUCCAAGAUUCCAGAACCUUCAACAUUUGGCAAAGAGGAUACCCAGGUCUUGCCUGACAAACCUAGUUGUGGAACAGUUACUAAAGUCCAUAAGAGGAAUGCCAAAGGCAAAAGUCAUCUGCAUUUGGCCGCCAAAAGAGGAGACUUGUUGCUGGUCAAAGCGCUAAUAGAAUCUGGAGCCCAUCUAAACCAAAAGGAUAAUGCAGGAUGGACAGCACUUCAUGAGGCAGCUAAUAAAGGAUUUAAUGAAGUGAUGGUGGAGUUAUUGAAAGCUGGUGCUAAUGUUAAUAGUGAAAGCCUGGAUGGGCUUUUGCCCAUACAUAGUGCUGUUUCAGGCAAUCAUUUAAAGGCUGCUGAGAUCCUGCUGCAACAUGGUGCAAACCCUAAUCAAAAGGAUGGGGAUCAUAAGAGUGCCCUGGAUAGAGCAGAGGAUGAAAAGAUGAAGAAGCUGCUGAAGUCUUGUGAUAUAAAUGAAACUAGAGAGAUUUGUCACAAUAAAGUCACUGCAGAAAAACUUUCUUCAAGGUUAAAAAGACAAAAACAGGAGUCUUGCUGCAAAUCUAAACGUGCUGGUCCACUUUCAUUUUCACACCAAGACUCGACUAGAGAAAGAGCUCCCAUGCAUGAGUCCACCUGUGCCAUUUUACAAGAUAUAGAAGAAAAGCAAGAAAGCCUAUUGCUGUUGGAAAUAAGAACACCCAAAGAUGCUGACCAAUACAGUGAGAAGAUGUUACAGAUUAAGGCUAUUAUGGACAGUGUGCUUGCCAAGCAGAAAAAAGAAAGGGAUGAUCUUGCUAAAAAAUACAGGGUUUCCAUGGAGUCUUUCAAACACGGAGCACUGAGAGAACAACUGACUAACUUGGCCACUAGACAAAAGAGCCUUUUAAUGGUGGCCCAGAAGCAGAAGAAGUUAAGUCAGAAAAUACAAAAUUACAAGAACACAAGAAACAAGUCUGGUCUGGGUGUGAGGGGAGAAUCACCUGAUUCAAGGAAUUCCAGUGAAAAUGACAAGGGCAGCGACUCUACCCCUGUGGAAACAAGGCAGCCUGAUUUGGUUUCUGUUCCUGUGGGGUCCCCUGCCAGUCUCUGGAGUGAAAGCGGUCAGGAAACACAUUGUGCUACUGAAAGUAGGCAGGAGGAUAAUCAAAAUCUGGACAGCUGUAUAAGCGAGAGAGGGGCGCAUGAGAAAGCCCCUGAGAGUGAAUGUUUUUCUUUUAAUGGACUGAUCUCUAAAGGAAGACCCGGAGAUCCCACCUUAGAGAGGACAUCAGAAAGCAGUUAUACCCAUGGCAUUCAAAGGGUUAAAUUCCCUCUCCAGCAGGUGACUUCCAGUGCUCCAGCAGAAUAUUUACAAGAAGAAAAUUAUACUGCAGUAAUUACAGCCAAAGGAAGCAAAUCUCUAAAUCCCUCCGCAAUAACUGAAACUUUAAAUGUUUUAGAGACCACAAACGCAACUGUCAGAAAUAAUACCCAUCAGCCAGGCAAUGUUUGUCAGCCGGCUCUUACCAGUUGUCUUUUACCAGGAAACAUGGCUAAGAAGGUAGUUCCUCAAGACCCACCCAGGGCAGUAUCAGAAUGGCUUGUGCAGUCUUUUCUUACUCAUCAAGGAAAUGCACGAGCAGACCGUGGUGCUUUACUUAAGAUAAAACCAAAUCAUACAGAGUCAGGACCGAUUGGUGCUCUUGUUGAUAACACUCAAAUUAAUUUCUUCUCAGAAUCUGCCAAUCAGAAUGACAAACAGGAACCUUUAAACUACAGAGCAGAGAUGAAAAUAAAAAAAAUGCAGAUCAAAGAACUGAUUUCCCUGGGAAGAAUUAAACCAGGAAAUGAUGUCUUGGAAUUCAAAAUACAGGAUGCCAUCUACAAAGCCAGUAUCUUAUUGAAUGGUAAAAUCAAGGCAAAAAAUGGUGAGAUUUAUAAAAACCCAAUCACCUGGAUCAAGGCAGUCUUAGGAAGUAACAUCUCUGUGACCUGGAAGUAUGCGUGGAAUAAGGUAACAUAUCUUGGGAAAGAGCUCUAUAAGUACGCUACUGAAGAAGUGCCUAUAAUUGCAGAACCAAAUGUAGUGUUGCAAGAAAACCAGCCCUGUCUGCCAGGAUCUUCCAGCGAUUCAGUACAAAACCUCACACAUUAUCUUCAGCUAAAUGAAAUAUUAUUGAUCAGCAACGAAGAACUUCUUCCAUGCCAUAUAAUGGACCAACACUGGAAAUUCUACACGUCAAGCAAGGACCGGCCAUUCUGAGAUCUUGUAUUACAGGGGCAUGUCUUACUUUGUUUAAAGCCUUAGAUUUUGUUUGCACUAAGAAUCAAAUUUAAACUUUAUCUUGUGGGAUCUGAUGAGGAUUAUUUAAACUUAAAGUUUUGCUGUUAAAAUUCCUGAGAUUUGUGAUAUGUGCAUAUACUUAAUGUUAGGACAUGUUGAACUUUCUAUUGUAAUAAAUUAUACUUUUUUGCCACUGAAAUAAAGGCAUCUUGAAGGUGA